GCCUCUGUCUGCCAGGAGCACCCAGGCGAGGAGCGAGCCACACGACGAGAGGGUGGAGGGGGGACACAUCCUUCCUUCUCUGUUCCCGGGGUGCUCCCUUCCUCCCUCCCCAUCGCUGUAGAGACGGUCGCCGGGAGCCAGCCAAAGUGUCAGCGCGCGGGGAGCUCAUAGCAACAGGAUUUCGGGAUGAAGCCGGUCCAGGAGCAUCAUCUCCGCAAGCCCGUAACGCCAGACCUGUUGCUGAGCCCCAGCGAGCAAGGUGAUGGCGACCUGGACUCAGAGUACCCUGCAGACCGAGGGAACUGGACCGGGAAGCUGGAUUUCCUGCUCUCCUGCAUCGGAUACUGCGUGGGCUUGGGGAACGUCUGGAGGUUCCCGUACAGGGCUUACACCAACGGCGGAGGGGCUUUCCUGGUUCCCUACUUCAUCAUGUUGGCAAUAUGUGGGAUCCCCAUCUUCUUUAUGGAGCUCUCCCUCGGCCAGUUCUCCAGCCUGGGGCCCCUUGCUGUCUGGAAGAUAAGCCCGCUGUUUAAAGGUGUCGGGAUGGGCACGAUCCUGAUUGUCUCUCUGGUGGCCAUUUACUAUAACAUGAUCAUUGCUUAUGUUCUCUUCUACCUCUUCGCGUCCCUGACGAACAACCUGCCCUGGCAGCACUGCGGCAACUGGUGGAACACCGACCUUUGCCUGGACCACCAUGUCAUCAAGGCGGGGAACGCGGCUCUCCCCCUCAACAUCACUAACACGGUCAGCCCUAGCGAGGAGUACUGGAGCCGCUAUGUUCUUCAUAUCCAAGGGAGCUCUGGGAUCGGGGAUCCUGGGAGAAUCCGCUGGAAUCUGUGCCUGUGCCUCCUCCUGUCUUGGGUCAUUGUAUACCUCUGUAUCUUGAAGGGAGUCAAGUCCUCCGGCAAGGUCGUGUACUUCACCGCCACAUUUCCUUACCUCAUCCUGCUCAUGCUGCUCGUCCGCGGCGUGACCCUGGAAGGGGCCUGGAAAGGGAUCAAGUUUUAUCUCACGCCCCAGUUCGACCACCUGCUGUCUUCCAAGGUGUGGAUAGAAGCCGCUUUGCAGAUCUUCUACUCCCUCGGGGUGGGCUUUGGGGGGCUGCUCACCUUUGCCUCCUACAACACCUUCCACCAGAAUAUUUACAGGGACACGUUCAUCGUCACCCUGGGCAAUGCCAUCACCAGCAUCUUGGCGGGGUUCGCCAUCUUCUCCGUUCUGGGCUACAUGUCGCAGGAACUCGGCGUUCCCGUGAACCAAGUAGCAAAAGCAGGUCCCGGCUUGGCAUUCGUGGUGUACCCCCAGGCCAUGACCAUGCUUCCUCUCUCUCCGUUCUGGUCUUUCCUUUUCUUCUUCAUGCUGCUGACCCUGGGCCUGGACAGCCAGUUUGCCUUCAUGGAAACCAUCGUUACUGCGGUGACGGAUGAGUUUCCUUAUUACCUGCGGCCCAAGAAGGCCUUCUUCUCGGCCAUCAUCUGUAUCGUCCUGUUCUUGAUGGGGCUCAUUCUCACAACAGAGGGUGGGAUGUACUGGCUGGUGCUGCUGGAUGACUACAGUGCCGGGUUUGGACUCAUGGUGGUGGUGAUCACGACCUGCCUGGUGGUGACCCGCAUCUACGGAAUGAAGCGGUUCUGCCGGGAUAUCCACAUGAUGCUGGGGUUCAAACCCGGGCGCUACUUCCAAGCCUGCUGGAUGUUCCUGUCCCCAGUGACGAUGAUGGCCCUGCUAGUCUACAACAUCAUCAAGUACCAGCCCUCGGAGUAUGGCAGUUACCGCUUCCCCUUCUGGGCCGAGGUCCUGGGCAUCCUCAUGGGGCUCUUCUCCUGCCUGAUGAUCCCCGCGGGGAUGGUGUUGGCGGUGCUCCGAGAAGAGGGGACGCUGUGGGAGAGAGUCCAGCAGGCCAGCCGGCCGGCCAUGGACUGGGGCCCGUCCCUGGAGGAGGACAGGACCGGGAUGUACGUGGCCACCCUGGCGGGCAGCCAGUCCCCCAAGCCCUUGAUGGUGCACAUGAGGAAGUACGGGGGCAUCACCAGCUACGAGAACACGGCCAUCGAGGUGGACAAGGAGAUAGAGGAGGAGGAGUCCAUGAUGUGAGGAGGUCGCAAGCCCUGCGGGGAAAGGAGAAUGGGGCACGGGGGUCCUCUCCCCAUGAACUUGCACAGUUGCACUUGGGCUUGCGGGCCUGUCCCAGUGUGGUCGGGGGCAGCCCCUGGGACACCCCGGCCUCUCCAGAGCCGUCUGCGGAGACUCCUAGUGUCGUCGAGGUUCUCGUUCAGUGUGGCAAGCUGUGUCAUGACUCCGUGUGUUCGUGUGCCAGUGUCCGGUCCCCACCCCUCCCUUCCCUUUGCACAGACGGCACCAGGUGCAAGGGAGUGGGGAACAAGGCCCCUCGGGAGGUUUCCCCUUUUUGCUGCCCCUCAUCUAACUCUGAUGCCCAACUAACAGUCUGCAGAAAGGCCUUCUUCACUGAGGCCCAACAAGAAACCCUUGCUUUCAGAAGGUGCCACUUGUGCCCUCUCUCCUGGCAGCUCGAGGCCCACUUUGAGGUGAAUCCAGAACCUCAGGGGAAGGGGG